AUAUUUAUUUCAGAUAUGGGAUUAUGUGGAGAAGUUAGUAAUAAAGAUGAAACAAAAAUUUAUGGUGUUAUGCCUUAUGUAGCUCCUGAAGUAUUAAGAGGCAAGCCUUAUACUCAAGCAGCAGAUAUAUAUAGUUUUGGUAUGGUUAUGUAUUAUAUAAUAACUGGAAGACAACCUUUUGAUGAUUGUGCACAUGAUGAAAAAUUAGCAUUACAAAUAUGUAGUGGAAUUAGACCUGAAAUACCUGAAAUACCUGAAUUGAAAUCAAAUCGGUAUAUUGAUCUAAUGAAAAAGUGUUGGGAUCUGAAUCCAGAUAAUAGACCAAAUGUUGAAUUAAUUAGCUCUGUAUUAGAUGAUAUGGGGAUGGAAAUUUUGGAAGAUGAAAUUAAAAGGGCAGAGAAGUAUCUCUUUAAAGAAUAUAAAGAAAACAAACAAUUAACUACUACUCAUCCACAAGCUAUUUAUAUAUCUCGGUUACUUAAUCCUUAUACAGAAGGACUUGCAAUUGAUUUUACAGAAUUAGAUGAUGAAAAAUGAUCGAAAUUAAUUUUACUACAACUUAUUUUACUUAUUUUCUGCUU